AAUUACAAAGCUUUUUGUGCGACUUAGAGGUUGUUUGGCCAAGCUUCUCUAGGUGUUUCUCUACUUGAGAAACAAUUUUUGGGCCAAACAAGGGGUAAACAAAGAGGAGAAAUGCUUCUUAGAGAAGUCCAAAAUAGUUUCUAGUAAAGAAGAGAAGGAGAAACACCAAUUUGGAGCUUCUCCAAAGUGUUUCUCGGGGAACUGUUUCCCCUCUUUAAUGAAAUAUUUUUUCGGACAAAAAUAACCUUAUCUUUUAACAAUAUUCCUUAGAAGUCUCAUCUAACCUUAAUACUCCCCUCCCUUCUUUCUCUCACCUUCCCGAAGAGAAGCCCAGUACUACUCCCUUGUUCUCUGCUCCAACGCCUCUCUCAUGAACAUCUAAAUUUUUAAAAAAUCAACUCUACCUCACGGGAAGAUGCAACCAGGAAAUCUACGACCACCGGCACCAUCUUUUCGUCCACCUAAAAAGAGUUCAGUAGUUGACAAGGUGAAAAAUAUUGCUGGUAAUUCUCUUCCUUUACCUACACAUCCAGCACACAACUCUUCUAAUGAGAUUAGUUCAAAUGGAAGUGAUAAUGAUGACGAAAUGGGUUCAAAUGGAAGUGAAAAUGAUGACGAACCGGGUUCAAAUAGAAGUGAUAUUGAUGAUGUACUGGAUGAGUACUCGGAAGAAGAAAUCAGCAAAUGCUAUUACUAGAAGAGUUGAGGGGAAAGGAAAUGAUGUUAUAUGCUGCUACAGGGGUAGCGAUACUAACCAAAUACUAUCUCAAGUAUUUGGUUAAACAACCCCCUAGAGUUUCACUGUGUUCUGGAUGGCAAUGGCUACAAGAAGUUUUAUCUACUCCAGGUGAGAGCUACAGAAUAUUGAGGAUGGAACCUCAUGUGUUUCGCGGUCUUGCCAAAUUAUUGGUUGACAAAUAUGGUUUAAAGUCGACUAGGACAAUGCUUGCCGAAGAAGCACUUGGUAUCUUUAUAUAUCUAUGUGCUCAAUUUCAGUCUAAUCGUAAUAUGCAAAAUAGAUUUAAGCAUUCUGGUGAAACCAUAAGCAGGAAAUUUCAUGAAGUUCUCAAGGCAAUGACGAGAUUUUCUAGAGACAUUGUAAGGCCCUUGGAUCCUGAUUUUAAAGAGGUUCCUGUUAAGAUUAAGGAGAGUUACAAAUAUUGGCCAUACUUUAAGAAUUGUAUCGGUGCCAUUGAUGGCACACAUAUUCCAUGUGUUGUUUCCGAGGAAGAUAAAAUCCCCUAUAUAGGGCGCAAGGGAUACACAACUCAAAAUGUUUUGGCGAUUUGUGAUUUUGAUAUGCUUUUUACCUAUCUUGUUGCUGGGUGGACUGGAUCGGUUCAUGAUAAUCGCAUUUUAAAAGAUGCAAUGGAAGAUAAAAAGAAGGCUUACCCUCAUCCACCAGAAGGAAAAUAUUACGUUGUUGAUGCGGGUUAUCCUAAUAUGAAAGGAUUUUUGGCUCAUUUCAAAGGUGAAUGGUAUCAUGUUCCUGACUUUGUGUCGUUCAACACAACCUCCAACGGGUUACUAUGAAAUUUACAAUUAUACACAUUCCUCCUUGAGGAACGUUAUUGAGAGGACAUUUGGUGUAUGGAAAAAAAGAUGGAGGGUUCUCUCACUAAUGCCUAGCUUCCCAUUAGAAACACAAAAAAAAAUAGUUGCGUCAACAAUGGCUAUGCAUAAUUAUAUUAGAAGACAUGCACUUGAAGAUUUGGAAGUUGAUAAGUGAGACAUGGAUCCUAAUUAUAUUCCACAGGUUGAAGGAGAGGAAAUUUUUAUAGGGACUUCAACUACUUCCGGAGAUGAACAUGAUUGUUCAAUGGACGAUGAUAAUAUGGAGCCCAUUCGCCAUAAUAUUGCAGCUUUGUUGUUAAAAGGCCGUG